CUUCGGCAGGUCGGCACUAUAUAACAACCGCCCCCCUCGCCGCUUCAGCUAAAUUGCUUUGUUCCAACACCAAGUGCAAGUGCAAGUGCAAGAAGCAAGCCUUACCUUACACUUACACGCCGCAUCCAUCGCUUUAAAUUUCUGGUGACUAGCCGUAGCAGUAACAUCAUCCAUUGGAGAGGAGGAGAGGAUGAGCUCGGUGUGCGCGAGGCCCGUGGGGUUCGCGGGAGGGGUGAAGUGCCAGCGGCGGGCGCGGGUGAGGGUCUCGGCCGUGGCGGCGGCGGCGGCGGCGGCGGAGAGGGCGGCGCCGACGACGAUGUACGAGGUGCUGGCGGUGGGGGAGGGCGCGGGGCCGGAGGAGAUCAAGGCGGCGUACAGGCGCGCGGCGCGGCGGUGGCACCCGGACGCGUGCCCGGGGGGCGCCGUGCGGUUCAUGAGGGCGCGCGAGGCCUACGAGGUGCUCUCCGACCCGGAGCGCAGGCGGGGCUACGACAUCCAGCUCCGCUGCGGCGGCUCGAGCGCGAUGCGGCGCGCGGGGUUCGCCGACUGGGAGGCGCAGCUCUCCGGCCUGCAGUGGCGGGCGGCGGAUCAGCGAGGGGAGACGUGGGGGAGCAGGGUGCGCGCCGCGUCCGCGUCCGGAGCGCAGACGUCGUGCUGCCGCUAGUCCAAUCCAAGCCGCGCCGGAUUUGCUUUGUUUUCCGUGGGAUUCGCGUGGUUAUUUAGUGAUGAAAUUGUAUUCCACGCGUUUCUCUGUCUGCGGUCUGGAUGUAUAGGAGACGCUAGUGCAGUGUAGAACUACCUGAAACCAUAAAAAGAAAGAAAAGAAGGGCACAGUCCACAUUUUGAUGCUUAAUUACUCA